GGCGUUCGGAUCCUGCAAUGCUAAAUCGGACCACGGCAUCAUCAAAUGUCAGCCUGGUUUCUUCCCAUGUGGAAACCUUACUCAUUGCGUGGCCCAGCAGUUUCAGUGUGAUGGCAUUGAACACUGUCCGAAUGCUGCAGACGAAACGGGUUGUGCCAUUGAUGAUGGGUGGGUUGCGCAGUUCGACUAUCGACAUCCGGUUCCUGUCGGGGAAUUCGAACCGGUCAACAUGGUAAACGCUUGUGCACUGUCGUAUUAUCCAGAGCUAUGCAGAUGCAACAAGCUCACACAACUUGAUUGCUCAAACCUGAGCUACACGUUGAUUCCGAGUGAUAUUCCUUCAAAUGUCACUAGAUUAUUUCUGACGUCCAACAACAUUGAACGCAUUGACAGUGCGUCUUUUUCCCGUUUCCCUUCCUUGGUGUAUCUGAAUUUAAUGGGGAAUCAACUGCGUAAAAUUCCGGCCAAAUCAUUCCAACAUCUUCAUCAUCUUAGCACGCUUUACCUUUCUGAAAACAAGAUAUCGGUCAUCGAGAGAGAGGCAUUUCUAGGUCUUCAUGGACUCCAUUGGUUAUUUCUAAAUGGAAAUAAAUUAACGAGUCUCCUACCGGGAAUUUUCACUGGAUUAGAGCGACUAUACUGGCUGGACCUUCGGCAUAAUAAUAUUAAAGAUCUUAACCACGGUACUGCACUCAGGGAUUUACUCUCCGUUGCAUGGAUCGACUUUGAAGGAAAUGGCAUCCAAUCAAUUAAAGUGGACUCAUUUCCGGGAAACACAUCUUUAACAGUUCUAGUGCUGAAAAAUAACAGCAUAAGUUCAAUAGAGGAGAACGCCUUCAAGUACCAGGAAACACUAAUGGAACUUGAUUUGUCUAACAAUGAGAUAUCGCAUCUGCCUUUGGGAGUAUUUAAUCACCUUCAUCAACUUCAAGUUCUGAGGCUUCAAAACAACUCGAUGAUGUCAUUGCCAACAGGCGUUUUUGAUGAGCUACAGAAUCUGAUCGAUUUGGAUCUCGGCGGAAUCACGAUCACUGACAUCAAUGUGGAAAUGUUUGAAGAUCUGACGAAAUUAGAAAAACUGUAA